UUGCCAUGUCAGUCAAGCACUACCUUGUUGGCGUAGAGGCGCCUCUGGGACUGGAGUGGGGGUGGCGGCUGUAUGGGCGUCGCGGCCUUAAAGGGGCCCGCACCUGCUGUGCCCGCCCUUUGGGGACAUGGCGGCGGCUGGUGACCCCCAGCACAUGGGUACUCUACGUGGAAGUUGUAAAUCUGCAUCCAUCACAGAUGGACUCUCUGCAGCGUCAUUUGUAGAUUAUCCGAAAUACAAACCCUUCAUUAAUUCUGAUUUGCAGCGCUCCCCUGAGAAACCAGUAAUUCCAUAUCCAGAAAGUAACAGCAGAGCAAUAUUUUCUGCUCUGAAGAAUCUUCAGGAGAAAAUUCGCCGACUAGAGCUGGAACGGAUUCAGGCAGAGGAGAAUGUGAAACACCUGAGUAAAGAAACAUCUGACUAUAAGAAAGUGCUAAAUGAGCAAAUACAACAGAGGGAGCACUCCAAGACGGAGGUGUCCAAGCAAAAUCAAGAACUGUCUUCUCAGCUGGCAGCUGCUGAAUCUCGUUGCAGGCUUUUAGAGAAGCAGCUGGAAUAUAUGAGGAAUAUGAUAAAGCAUGCAGAAAAUGAAAAGACAAGUGUCUUGGAAAAACAGGUCACUUUAGAGAGAGACCGACUUCUAGAUCAAUCUCAUGUUCAAUCUAAAUUGGAAAAGCUGGAUUUGCUGGAACAAGAAUACACCAAACUAACUGCAAUGCAGUCUCUAGCAGAGAAAAAAAUGAAAGAACUGGAACAGAAGCUCCAAGAGGAGGAACAUGCAAGGAAGCUUGUGCAGGAGAAGGCAGCUGAGCUUCAGACAGGACUGGAGACUAACCGACUCCUGUUGCGGGCAGGAACGCCAUCAGUUCCCCCAAAGCCAAGGAAAACAAAGAAGAAAGCCAAGCAGCCAGACAAGAAACGCCCUCUUACGAGACAUUUCCAUGCACAGCCCCACUACAGGCUGUGUCUGGGUGAUGUGCCAUUUGUCGCUGGAAAGUCUACUAGUCCCAGCCAUUCUGUUGGAGCCAAUGUACAACAUGUGUUGCAUCUAAUGAAACAACACUCUAAAGCUCUGUGUAACGAUCGUGUGAUCAGUGAUGUUCCACCACCUAAGCCGACUGGCAACGCAUCUCACACCAGCAAAGGCAGAAAGUCCUCUCUCUCGACAGGCUCCUCUGCAUCCCAGGAAGAGCUUUCUGAAGUGUUGCUGACUUUGCAGGAUGAAUUUGGGCAGAUGAGUUUUGAUCACCAGCAGCUAGCAAAGCUAAUCCACGAAACACCAACUGUUGGCCUGAGGGAAGACCUGGAGCGGGAACUUGAGGCAUUGGUGAGAAGAAUGGAGGCAAAGGCAGACCAAAUAAGUAAAGUCCGGAAACAUCGGACACGGCUAGAGAAACUCAAGAAAGAAUGCAAGUCCAAAAAGUCUCGUGCUGAAGAAACACGAGACUGCCGGAGUGGAGUUAGUGAAGUGAAAGUAACAACCACCGUGACAACCAGGGGAAAGGAUGCUGGCCCCAUCAAAGUGAAACCUGGAGAGAAAAGCCGGAAAAACCUUCAAUUGUUGCGGGACAUGCAGAGUAUACAGACUUCCCUUCAGAAAGAUGACGUCAGCUGGGACUACUGAUUUCUGUACUGGUUGGUAUUUUCCUUAAACUCCACCAGUCUGAACUUUACUUCUCACAUUCCAGGUCUAAAAGAGAUGCCUUUCCUACUGUGUGAAAGAGACUACUGUAUACGAAGUGCACUUUUUAAAUGUAAACCCCCCAUUUUGCAGCUGUAGGUCUGAUUUAUUAUGGUUCUAAUCCAUGCACAACACAGAUUGGAGAAAGCAAGCCUCAUUUGUAAUGUAUCGAACUACUGAGUCUAUAUGCCACCCUCCAUUAUCCACCCCUUUGCAGCUGUAUCCUUCCUCCACGCCUGCCGCAGGAUGUUUUAUUUCAUUGUUCACAUGGGUGGCUUGCCUAAAAGGUAGGUGUGGUUUCACAACUCUUGCUGUUGAACUCUUCUGCAUGGGGCUGCUUAAAGGGAUAUCACCAUUCGAAAAUGAAGCUUUAGUCACGAGUCUACAAGGUGUUAUCAGUUGCUGGAUGUAUACACAGUUGCUGUCAGCACAGCCUUUGAGAACAUAAGAAAAAGCAGGUGAACCUCAUAAGUGUUUUGUUUAACUAUCUAGUUCCAGGUCUGCUACCUUCCAUUAGCCAAUAUUAAUUGCAGUGGACACUUCAACUCACUCAAAGAAAGAACAAAGUAAUUAUCUUUUGGACUAGUUUUUCUUACCAAUUGAUUCUCCUUUAAUAGUAAUGAUGUCUUAAAACUGGAGAGAGAAAUGUGCCUUCACACUUAAGUGAAAAGUCUUCUGAUGUGGAACAUUGGGAUAAAAUCUAUCAUUUACUAGUGCACUUUGGCUGGAGGGGUAAAGCGCAGACAUUUUUAAUUUGCAAGUGCCUCAAUCAUGCUAUUCAGUGCUGGCAGCUUGCUUAAUUUUAACUUGAAUUAUUAUUCAUUUUGGGUUGGAUAUCUGCUUUUUUAGUGGUGCAGGUAUGAGUGCUAAAUGACUCGCACACCUAAGUGAAUGUUAUUUAUUAUAUUAAUAAUGUAAAGAAUUUCGUAGUAAUGGCAUGUACAGAAGACAGAUUCAAAUUACCUGUGUCUAUAAAGUUUUUUUAUAAUUGGAAACCAAUAAAAUUAACUUGCAAAUCUGAUUGAGGUAAGUUGAAAUUUCUCUUUAAUACUUUCGAAUUAUCUAGCUGUGACUUGUUACUCCUCAUAAGACACUGAUACAAUUUACUCUUUGAAUUGAAUACAGGUCUGUCUCAUCUUACGCGGGGGUUCCGUUCCGCGG